AUCAUUUACACGUCUUUCUCCCCUUUCUAAAUGGGACCCUUGUCGAUUUGUCGACCUCAGAAAUGAUAAGAAAUAUUCCAAUGCUGAUUGUCUUUGUUUCAUUUUUAAAUUGGAAGUAAAUAUGGAAGAUCAUGUGAUUUAUCGUGACUGCUGAGUGGUGUAAAAAUAUUCCAGCAUUGCCAUGGAACACCAGUUUUCAGUAGCUGACUGGGCAGUGUUUGUCAGCAUACUGGUCAUUUCAGCAUGCAUUGGGAUUUAUCAUGCCUUAACUGGAGGGAAACAGAAAACUACCAAAGAGUUCCUAAUGGGGAACAGAGAAAUGAGUUGUCUACCUGUUGCUGUCUCAAUCCUUGUCUCAUUCCAGUCGGCCAUUUUGAUUUUAGGUGCACCUGCAGAAAUGUACACUAAAGGGACCCAGUAUUUUUUAUAUGUGUUUGGACAGAUGUGGGCAGUUGUCAUGGCAACCAUUUUAUUUGUACCAUUAUUUUACCCUCUUAAGAUGACAAGCAUGUAUCAGUAUUUAGAAAUGAGAUACAAUUCCAGGGCGGCCAGAUUAACGGGAACAAUCAUCAACAAUCUCUCUAUGUUAAUAUACACAGGGAUAGCCAGCUUCGCUCCAUCAACAGCUCUUCAAGCAGUGAGUGGUUUCCCACAAUGGGCCUCUUUUAUUAUUAUUGGUUGCAUCUGUACAUUUUAUACAUUUAUGGGUGGACUUAAAGCUGUAAUAUGGGUGGAUGUCUUUCAAGCUUUGAUUAUGGUAGCUGGCAUAUUAGCUAUUGUCAUAAGGGCCACACUUGAUGUUGGAGGGUUUGAUAGAGUAUGGGAAAUUAACUCUAAAUGGAACAGAAUAGAUUUCUGGAACUUCGAUCCUGAUCCUACAGUUCGUCACACUUUCUGGGCUUUAGUAGUUGGAGGAAUGAUUAACUGGACUGGAACAUACGGAGCCAGUCAGUCAAGUAUCCAGAGAUUUAGUGCCUUAUCUUCACUUAAUGAAGCCAGGAAAGCUGUGAUGAUGAAUAUUGUUGGUGUAUUUAUAAUGAUAACCAUGUCAUGUGUAGCGGGUGUUUCUGUCUUUGCCUACUACGCAGUUAAAGGCUGUGAUCCUCUUGCCAAUAAUGAUAUUAAAAAUUCCAAUCAGAUCAUUCCAUAUUUUGUAUCAGAGAUGCUGGGAUUUCCUGGGAUUCCUGGUCUAUUUAUAGCUGGUCUAUUCUGUGGUGCUUUAAGCACGUUGUCAUCCAAUCUUAGUUCUAUGGUAGCUGUAACAUAUGAAGACAUGAUAAAGCCAUGCAUCAAGCCAUCCAGACCAGAAAUUGUUAGAAUGAGAAUCACAAAGUUAUUAGUUCUUAUAUAUGGAGUAUUAGGAAUAUUAGUGACUUUUUUGUUCAGAAAUUUAAAAGGGACUGUAUUACAGGCUUCCUUAAGCUUUAUGGGCGCUGCAGGUGGCGCUCUGAAUGGACUUAUUAUGUUGGGAGCUUUCUUCCCUUGGGCUAACUCAAAGGGAGCUAUUGUUGGGACCAUUACAGCUUACGUCGCCACCAUGUGGAUAAGUAUAGGAAAAUAUACAGUUGUAGGGGUCAAGGAAACCCUUCCUUCACCUGUGUAUAACUGUAGUGUUUAUAUGGAUGAUGUAACCAUAGCAACAACAAAUGUUACUAUGACAACGAUGUCUACUUACAUGUAUAAUACUAGUGGUCUGUUGGCAAACUAUAGUAUGUUUAUAUCAAAUCCAGUCACCACUACUGCCAACAGUGUCAUACCAGAACAAACAGGUUUAGAUAGUUUUUACAGUUUAUCCUACCUCUGGUAUUCAACAUUUGGGAUGUUAAUAACCUUUGUGGUUGGGCUUCUAGUCAGCUUUAUUACAGGUCCAACUAAACCAGAGGAUGUGAACCCUGAUCUCAUGAUUCCAAUCUUUGACAGACUCUUCUGGUUUUGUCUGCCAAAGAAAGUUUUAAAGUUCUUACGCUGUGGUGUAGAUUACGAAACAGAUAAUACAGCUGAUAAUGACAGUGGUAUUACAGAGACAACAUUUAAAAGUUUCAAUAGUGUGACGCGAGUCGACAGUGAGGACACCAGUCAUCAAUCUAAGGAACUACAACUCUUGUCUCAUAAAUAUAUGGAAUCGUGACGACAGUGUUUAUCAUGAUCACGAUCUCUUGAUUUUGAAGCCAUUUGAGGGUACAUCAUGAUCUCUUGAUUUUGAGGCCAUCUGUGGGUGCUGUGGAAGAUAUUUUUGUAUUUAUACUGUUAUAUUUUGUAUAUGCAUGUCGGUUUGAGUAACAGUCUUUCAAUUUGAGACAAUUUAUAUUUCAUAGUUACCUUUAUCCUGAGUUAGAAAUGGUAGGUCUUUUUUUCUGCGCUUCAUGUAAUUUGUGUAAUUUCUAGAUAAAUUUUGGUUAGAAAGAAAGCAAGUUACAGAAGUAGCUCCCCAUUAUCAUUAAUGUCAUAGGAUUUCAUGCUCAGAUAUAUGGAAUUCUCUGGUUUUGAUGGAUGUAAAAUAUUAACCCACUUAUCCACAAAGCAGGGAACAUCAAUACCUUUAAAAAUUAAAUCAGCCAUUUAGUAUUUUAAGUACAUUUUAAUUUAUAUUUGCAAUUUUGUUCUAGGGAUUUACUGUUUUCAUUUUACUGAUAUUCAUGAGAAUAAAAAUUUUGUCAUGUCAUUUAAUGAUUGAUACAUGUAAACAUAUAUGUUAUUACAAUGAUAUCAUAGCUAUUAAAUUUUCUGUUUUUUUCCCUGUUUUUGUUUUGUUUAAAGUAGUUAUAAAAUGUUAUUUUGUCAAAUGCCAGGAAAAUUAUUAUGAAGAUAUUUAGUUUUUCCCUUCCAAACAUUAACAGCACUGAUCAUUUCUUCAACACCCUUAAAAUGAGAUGGGGGAGGUGCACUUAUUUCUUUGGUUUUUAUCUAGACCAUUCAUUAACUUUUCCCAUGUAUCCUGCACUUCUUGCCUACAUUUCUCUACUUCUUAUACCCCAGCAAUAUUGUGAUGUAUGAUUCACUAUUUGUAUCUAAAUAAAGAGGGUUGCAAUUAACUGAAAUGCAUGGAGUUACUACAAUUUUUCUUUUAAGAUAUUUUCAAAUUAUAUAUUUAUAUAUUGUAAUUGUGCAUAUAACAAGAAAUCAUGAUAAAAUAUUGAUAUUUCAGAUGAUUCAGGGUUUACAUUAAAAGUAUAGUUGAGAAAUAUUGAUAUUAUUUUUUAUGUUGUUUUGUUAUCA